UAAGAAGCUUGUUUCAGCCUCUUAUGAAACUGAAAGUGGAAAACUACUUCCUCAUACUUAUUCGAGUCAUACUGCAUACAUUUUUCAGUAGCCUACGCGCCGUAGCGGUGGAACUGAACUGAUUAGCCUAAUUUACGGCGAAAAUCCAAAAUUAACAAAUUGUCAUCAGUCAUGGAGGGUCUGUCUCGUGCUAACAGUCUCUUUGCUCUGGAUCUCUAUCGGGCUCUGAGCGCGAGCAGCGCUGAGGGAAACAUGUUCUUCUCUCCACUGAGCAUCAGCGCAGCGCUCAGCAUGGUCUACUUGGGAGCCCGAGGAGAGACAUCUGAAGAAAUGACAAAGGUUUUGUCCUUUAGUUCUGUCUCUGAUGUUCACUCUCAUUUUGAGACCCUCACCUCAACUAUCAACAGUCCAUCAGCCUCCUACAUCCUCAAACUGGCAAACCGUCUCUAUGGAGAGAAAACCUUCAGCUUCUUACCUGAGUAUUUGGACUCCACUCUGAAGCUGUACCAUGCUGACCUUCAGGCUGUGGACUUCAUUGGAGCAUCUGACGAGUCACGACAGCUCAUUAACAAAUGGGUGGAAGAGCAGACAGAGAAUAAAAUUAAAGAUCUUCUUAUGCGCGGUGCUGUAAAUGGGCUGACCCGACUAGUUCUGGUUAAUGCCAUCUACUUUAAAGGAAACUGGAUGCACCCAUUUGAAACAAGAAACACUAAAGAAAUGCCAUUUAAAAUAAACCAGAAUGAGCGCCGGCCUGUGCAAAUGAUGUACCAGAAGAAGAAGUUCCCCUUCAGAUACAUCCCAGAGGAUGAACUGCAGGUGCUGGAGUUGCCAUACGUAAAGGAGGAGCUCAGCAUGUUGAUCCUUCUUCCAAAUGAAACUCAGGAUGGCUCUGACCCUCUUCUUAAGCUGGAGAGUGAGUUGACCCUUGACAAGCUGCUUGACUGGACAAAAAGAGACAAAAUGGUUAUGCAGAUGGAUAUCAUAGUCCACUUGCCAAAGUUCAAGCUGGAGGUUGAGAGCUCCCUAUCAGAAAUACUGCAAAAGAUGGGUAUGAGCUCUGUGUUCCAGGAAACAAAGGCUGAUCUGACAGGCAUGAGCAGUAAAGGUGGUCUCUUCAUUUCAGCAGUGAUCCACAAGGCUUUUAUUGAGGUCAAUGAGGAAGGCACUGAGGCAGCUGCAGCCACUGCAUGUUUGAUAAGGCUUUGCUGUGCAAUGCCAACAAAAAAAUUCAUAGCAGAUCACCCCUUCUUGUUUUUCAUCAGACACAACCCCACUAACAGCAUCCUCUUCCUUGGCAGAUUCAGAGGCCCAUCCUAAAAAUGUGGUGUCUUUCUUUUUUAUAUCAAAAUGAAGACAUGUUUUUCUUUGAAUGUUUUUCAUUGGUGUUUGAAAUCACACGAUUUGCAUUUGUUUUGUGUGUGUUUACAAAUAAUUCCAUAUCACAGCAGUUUCUCAACUCCAGUGCUGGGAACCCAUCUCCCAAAAUUAUUAGUUUAGUGAAAUUUUAGAUUAGAUUUUGUGAGAUAUUAAUUAGUGAGACAUCUUAAAUGUUCUGGACUGAACCCUUUUAACUACACCAAUGUUUUGAGCAUGACCCUUACAUUUUUAUGCAGUUUUUUGUUUUUGAUUGGAGCCAUUAAUAUCUUUACCUUCUCAGAGACAAAUAAUUUAUAGAAUUGAGCAAUGAACUAACAACAUUAAAGGGUUACUCCACC